UCCGCUUAGACCAAAACACCACGCCCCCAGCGACACUCACUCAGCGUCUUUUACCGGAGGCAGAGCCGACCGAGUCCACCGGGAAGAACCGCCUUCGACAGAUCUGCAGGCGGAGGACACGACGGAUCCAGAUGUUUGACUGUUAACGGGAGCAGCCGUUCCGCGCCGAUCUCAGGGAGUAACCGCGUAAAAUGGCUCGGGUCGGCACCGGAGCGGAUGGCGCGGAACCGGAGGAGGACUGUUUCGAAGACGCCUUCGAUCGCAUCCCAGUGGCGUCUAAGAUGGACUUGUGUACGUCUAUAGAGGAGUGCACCAUGGCUCUGAACCUCGUCCUCAACAACAAGUUCUCUGAAGCCCUCGACCUCCUCAAGCCCUGGUCGAAGGACAGCAUGUAUCACGCUCUGGGCUACAGCAGUAUUCUGGUCAUGCAGGCCACAAUGACAUUCGAGCACAAAGACAUUCAGACCGGGAUGGCCACCAUUAAAGACGCCUUACAGACCUGCCAGAGGUUCAGGAAACGAAACUCCGUGGUGGAGUCCAUUUCCAGCCUGAUGUCCAAACAGUCUGCGGACAGCCUGAAAGAGGAGGAGAUGCAUGCUGAGAUCUGCUACGCUGAGAGUUUGCUGCAGAAAGCCACACUAACAUUCGUCCAGGAUGAGAACAUGAUCAGUUUUAUUAAAGGAGGAAUCAAAAUACGCACAAGUUAUCAAAUCUACAAGGACUGCCAGAAUGUGUUGAACAUGUCUCAGGGAGUGGGCGGAGCCAGCGAGGCCUUCAGACAGUUUGAGGGCGGAGUCAAGCUGGGGAUUGGCUCCUUCAACCUGAUGCUGUCUUUACUACCUGCACGAAUCCUGCGACUGCUGGAGUUCAUUGGUUUCUCAGGGAACAGAGAGUUUGGUUUGGCUCAGCUGCGGGACGGCGCCUCCAGUCACAGUCUGCGGUCGAUUUUGUGUGUCCUGACGCUGCUCUUCUACAACACAUACAUCUCUCUGAUUCUGGGCACUGGAGAGGGGAAUCUGGUGGAGGCCGAGGCUCUGCUGGAGCCGUAUAUAGAGAGAUUUCCCAGAGGCGCCAUCAUCCUCUUCUACUCUGCUCGAAUCGCCUUACUGAGGGGAAACUUCGAGAAGUUUGUGUGUUUGAGUUUGUGUGUGUUUGAGUUGCAUGUUUGUGUUUGAGUUUGUGUGUGUUUGAGUUGUAUGUUUGUGUGUGUGUGUUUGAUUUGUGUGU